AUGGAGCGUCACCCUUUCUCUAUUGAAAACAUUUUAAAGGACACACGAGGUAGUAGCAGCAUCCUUAAGGUUGCACCGACUUCUGAAGCCUUGGCACUGGCAGAGAGGAUGGCAGGUUAGUCACACUUCAAUGUAAGCUCUCUAACGGAGUAAAACUACGAUUAUGUUAUUUGGUUUAGAGUUAUCAAAGACCAUUGGUUUAAAAUACGAUUAGCUACUAAUUUGCGAAAGGAACUUUCCUUUAAAUUCAAAGGUUUUUUUAUGAGCAUGCAUCUUUGUUUUAUACUCCAUACCAAUUGCCGUGAAAUUCGAGGAAGGCAUUCGCCUGUUUUCAAUCCAAACGGGAAAUUCUUCUCAUUCGGUAUUUCCAACUACUCAACUGAUUGUUCUCGAGAGUCUUCUUAAAUUUUACAUUGUUUAGACGGUUUUCGGUUUUUGGAAGCACUUGAGUAAUUCAGAGGCGCCAAUUUUUUACACUUACGGAAUCUAAAAUCACAGCCAAAAAUUAAUCAUCGCAUAAUUAACUUAUAUUUUUGGUGAAGGGUCAAGUGAGAUAAAAGGUGUCAGUAGUAUCUUUCAUCCAUGCGGUUUUUGUCGAAGUCAAACCUCAAAUCUACUCCGGGUUUUUUGUGUGGCUAAAAUAAGGAAUUAUAUUAAACCUUAUCAAAUCUUAGAUAGACAAGUUCCAUACAAAAUGUUUUCAGGCGAUUUGGGAAUUUAAAGGGGACAUUGGAUUAGCCGAAAAAACCCGCAAGUGUUUUGUUAGUGCUUGAGAUGUUGGUAAUGAAGUCUGAAUCGUGGAAUAAUGAAACACCACUUUCAUUGUUCUCACCAUCCUUCAAUUGCAUUUCCGCAAUCCUUAAUUUACAAGAGAUUUAAAAACCCCAGUAUAAAGCCUCCGUAAACCUCAGGAAAUUCCUUUUUGUUCUGCUCAGCGCGGUUCCAUUGAAUUCUUUACCACGGGGAAAUGAAAGGACUGUGCAUUUUUAAUCAUGCACAAAUUACUUCAGAAGAAAUGAUAAGUAUGCAUGGCAUAAGCGUAUAAAGAUGUUGCACACACAGUUCUUCUUAUUUAAGUAUUUCCAAUCUACAACCACCCUUAAUUAUGGAUGAUUCUUUGGUUUCGCGUAUUAAAAUUUAAGCCACUCUGUUUACUGGUGGUUGCUAGCAUUGUGAUAAAUACGUUUUACUCGAUUACUAAAGUGCAGUCUUACUGAUGACAGCAGUGCUUGUUUUCGGGUUAUUCAAAUAAGGAAAUCUCAAAAUGUAAAGCUCGACUUCCGAUAGUUAAAAAAAAGGAAAAAAAAAACACAUAUGCAUUCCGACGAAUUCUUUCUUUACAACGACUCUGUUUAACCGAUGUAACAGAGAUGGAAUAUUCGACAAAAGAUGUUUUCACCUUAUGUCUCCGAGUCAAUUUAUCUCAUCAACGAAACGUUGAGGAAACGUUCUUUUCGAAAACGAAUCAGUUCAAAUUCUGCUUAACUCCAAGGGCGUUUCCCUUGUUUACGACGCCGUCUUUAAAACAUCACCAUUUCUUUAGCAUUGAUCCAUUGAAAGUCCCAUUAAUCAAGAUACGACUUUUUUUCUUUGUUCUCUAGUUACUGUGCUUAAUUGGAAAAGUCAGUUCUGACAAAUUCAUAAGCUUUGUUUGCAAUGGUUCGGCGCCCAGUAAGCCUUACGAUCAACAAGAGAACAAUUAAACAGAUUUAUCAGAGCACAUUGUCAGGCUGUAAGGAACUAUUAAUUAUGGAUGUUGACAGUUCCAGGUGGAAGAGUUUACACAUGGGUUGCAAAGUCAUGAGAGAAUUUAAAUUAACAAUUCGAUUUGUAUGUAUAAGGUUGUUCUUUUUAUUUUAACUGGUUUGUUGUUAGACAGCUCCUUAUCAUCACAAAUAACCUAAAGAGCGUACUCAUAAUUGGAUGGUUAAUAAUCCCACCUUUCGAAAGAAAGUGUGUUCUUUGCUGGCAUCAAGAUAAGGUGCAUUUCUUAGACUGUCCAUCAUUUGUUUACAUUGACGGCUCACAUUUUGGAGUGUAGGCAAAAGUAUGGUACUGUCAUGAAUUAUUUUCAAUGUGAUAGAUCCCUUGCAUCAAUAAUAUGGACUUUCUAAAAUGCAUCUCCCCUACUGGCCUUAACGUAAUUCUCUGUAAUCAGUAGCCUGUUAAUGCCGAUUGUCUGAAAGGGUUGCAAAGAACGCCGGAAAUUGCGAAUGAAGGGUAACAAAGGCGAGUGCCGCUUAAAUAAGAACUGUCAGAUCACAAGCUAUACCGACUUCUACUAUACGUGCACUGUAAAAAGCUGUUUAAACAAAUGAGCUAAAGUUAUUUCUGAAAAUCGAUCAGUAAGCAUAUUGCUUCCAUUUAAUCAGCCAGUACAUACACAGGAUAGAAGAGCUAUGCAAUGAUUCUAUUUUGAGCAUGCAAAAAUCCUCUUAUAAUCCCACCUGGGUCUUUCCUCUUCCGUAAAACGUAAAAAAAAAGUGUUACCUGCACGUUCCUGUUUAACUCAAUUAGUCGCUUGUUAUCACCACUUUUGAGGGAAAGUCAUCAACAUGCAAGAAGCAUGGCCAUUCUUCCAAGAAAAAUCUUUGAAAAUAAUAAUAGAAAGUCCACAAUUUUUAGAUCAGAACUGACAUCUUUUCUUUACGCUCUAGUUCUGAAUUCUCCUCAUACUUAAAGUGGGAGCUUUUUAUAAGCGACGGAGUAGCGUGCAUUUCAUUGGAAGUAAAUAAAGCAAAAAAACUUAUUCGCUUCUGAAUAAGCUCCAGCCACGUGGGUCAGUUUGGUCGAAGUGAGACUUUGGAAAGCAAGUUUAAAAGUCUAUAUCGCUGUUAUACAGGAUGUUUUGAGCUGAUGAUAAUGGUACAUAUGGGACGUAAAACUUUGCGUGAUCUUUUUUUUAAUAUAGAUAUUAUAUUAAAGGUCAGCUGUAUGGAAGGACGGAAAAUUCGGCGUACAAGAACCACAUUCAACCAGUUCCAACUUGAAACUCUCGAGAGGACAUUUGCAAGAACUCAUUAUCCAGACUUGAUGCUAAGGGAGCAGUUGGCAGCUUACACAAGUUUGCCUGAAUCACGUAUCCAGGUUGGUUUGACCCCAAAAUUAAAAUCACACCUGCUAAUCAACUCAUUAAAAAAGGACUUAGUUUCGAUCCUAACUUCUCAGAGGGUACGUAUCGAGGAAGUAUUGUUAAGAAAAUAAUAAUCUUAAAACUUUUUUUUUUUUCAAGACCUGGUUUGUAUUUGCCCGAGUAAAGUACUGCAAAUAUUUCUGCAUGGGACUGUAGGAAAAAGGAAUGACCCGGCAUUCUUUGCAGUCGAGAAAUGCCUAAAGAUAUCAAACAGAAGAUGUUAUAGGCUGAACUUAGAUACAAGUUAUGGCAAAGGACAUAUUCAGAGCAUCAAGUCACUUUAAAAUAGAAUAUCAUCCUAGCAGCAAAUGGUGCCGUACCUCGAUUUUAAAUAGAAAAUUGAAAUCCGCCAAAUCGGGAAAAAUCUUUUCCAAAUAAAAGGGCCCGGAUUCCCCAAACGAGUUCGAGGACAUGACCUCUUCCUAAUUCGGCUUAAUAAAGAAAUCCCUAAUUUCCACAUUCCGGUCAUAGUGAGUAAACCGAUGAUUUCUUUAUAGAAGAUUUGAGAAUUAGUUUUUCAGGCUAUUCGCAAAUGAGACACAUGGUUUCCAUUCGUCAUAAUCACAUCAGUUGCGCAAUAUCUGUCAAUUAUGGACUGAGGUACAGAAGAGUGAUUCAAAAGAUAUGAUUUGAUGUGACGUAAGCACAGAGUAAAAAUGAAAUCCCAAAUCUUGACUCCCUCUUCCCUUAAAAUAGUGACGGCAGCUUUCUUUAGAUGAGAUUUACAUAAAAAUGCAGGUGUUACCUCCCGGCGCGAACCCUUCCACUACAAAGAUCCGAAAGUUGAUUUUCCUACCUGAUCACUAAACACUUCCUUGUCAGCUCAAUAGAGUUAAAAUGAGCUUUUUAAACAUUGGCUCAUAGAUUAUUAGCAGCUACAAAUAGUAGAAAUUAAAUCCAAAAUCUUGAUUCCCCCUUCCCUUUAAAUAGUAAGGGCAUCUUUCUUUAGACGAGAUUUACAUAAAAAUACAUGUGUUACCUCCCGGCGCGGAGGAAACGUAAUGACAUCGAUAUGCAACUGACUCGUAGCUGUAAAUAGGAACUCAAAACCAACGAAUGAUCGUCAUGGAUGUAAAUUUAUCAUCCCCACUGAAAACACUUUUUUAUGUCUGUGUGUUUGUUUUGUUUUGUUUGUCUGUUUGUUUCUUUAGUUCUGGUUAAUGUCCUGAAAGAUUCGUUACGCCGCCCAAAACCCUAGUCACGGUUUCUUUUUAGAAAAAAAAGCAGAAGUCAAAUAAGUAACUGAUAGUAGGGUAUCACUACCAAAUUUAGGCCUUCAAGCGUUCUGAUUUUCAUUUAGUUAGUCGCCGUCUUCUUUUACCUGUCUCUUAGGUGUGGUUUAAAAAUCGUCGGGCCAAGUAUCGCAAACUUAAAGGUUCUAAAGAAACAGGUGACCUGGAAAGUAAGGAUGACCAAGAAACGAAAAAGAAGAAAAAUGCGGAUGAUGAUGAUCUUCAGGAUGUUGAAGGUUCACCUGUUGGGGAUGAAGCCCAUUCUUAUCACCAAAAUAAGCGGCUAAAAGUUGAUCGAGAUCUAGAAGACAGUAAUAUCGCAGUUCCUACACGUCCAGUUCCUCUGAGCUCUGGGUACGUGUCAUCGCCUUUCUCUUCGAGGUCUUUUCCAUUUGACCCAAGGCUGCUAUCAGGAUAUGGUUAUACUUAUGUGCCUGAGUGGGUCUAUUACGACUCGGUAAACAACUGCCAGCCGCGUCCAGUUAAUGUACAACAGCUGUAUCCCAACAUAGGAGUUAUUCACUGAGUUUAUGCGAAAGGCUUUGGUGUAAAAUGUAAUCAGCAUUUCUUUAUUUAUCUUUUCAAAGAAACAACAUACCAGGAAUAAGAUGAGAGACUCAGGCUUACGGAGCCAUAAUGUGGUGCAAACAGCGCAGACUACAGCUUCUCUCGCAUCAUCAAUGUAAUUUAUUGCGUCAUGUCUAUAAUUUUUUUAGGAAUAUAGAAAGUUCUGUUGUCAGGGCAAAACAUCUAGAGGAGGCGACGGAAAAACGCGUUCAAAAAUCAUCUGUUUGGUAAAACUUAAAGCAAAUGUAAAUACUAAAUAUGUAUACACUUAAGCAGAACAAAUUUGAUAAUAGUCAUACUUAUUUAUAAACAUCUGUAAUAUACUUGUAUUUAAGCCGUUUCCUAAGUUUGUACCAUUUCACUAUUUGAAACUGCUAUGUUCAACUGCGUUUGAAUUGAGACUAUGUUGGCAAUAAAAAGGAAUUUAGGCGACUUAUUUAGAAUUUAAAUUGACAGAGGAUUAUACAAGAAAUCUGUCAUCGCUGAACAUCUCAACUUUGG